AGACAAAAACUAAAGGCUUUUGUCCUUGCCGUUCCAUGCUCCAAGUGAGGACCUGAUUUCUCUCGUUUUCUCUCUCUCUCUCUCUCUCUUUCUCUCAACGGAUCUCGAUCUCACCGAGGAAGAAGAAGAAAGAAGAAGAAACCCAGAUCAAGCAAAAAAGAACACAACAAUGUCGUCCUCGAAGAAGCAAACCCUCUUCAUCUCAACCCUCAUCAUCUCCUGGUACUCCUCCAACAUCGGCGUCCUCCUCCUCAACAAGUUCCUCCUCUCCAAUUACGGAUUCAAGUUCCCAAUCUUCCUCACCAUGUGCCACAUGUCCGCCUGCGCCAUCCUCAGCUACGUCUCCAUCGUCUUCCUCAAGCUCGUCCCCCUCCAGCACCUCAAAUCCCGCUCCCAGUUCCUCAAGGUCUCCACUCUCAGCGUCGUCUUCUGCGCCUCCGUCGUCGGCGGCAACAUCUCCCUCCGUUACCUCCCCGUCUCUUUCAACCAGGCCGUCGGUGCCACCACCCCGUUUUUCACCGCCCUCUUCGCCUAUCUCAUGACCCUCAAGAGAGAGGCUUGGGUUACCUAUGGUGCUCUCGUCCCCGUCGUUGCGGGCGUCGUCAUCGCCAGUGGGGGUGAGCCAGGGUUUCACUGGUUUGGUUUCAUCAUGUGCAUUAGUGCCACGGCGGCAAGAGCCUUUAAAUCUGUUCUUCAAGGCAUCUUACUAUCUUCAGAAGGGGAAAAAUUGAACUCGAUGAAUUUGAUGUUGUAUAUGUCUCCUAUAGCUGUGGUUGCUCUUCUUCCGGUGACCCUAGUUAUGGAACCAGACGUGAUCAGCCUGACGUUGACGCUUGCAAAGCAACAUCAGUACAUGUGGAUACUUCUUCUGGUUAACUCUGUAAUGGCUUAUUCAGCCAACCUGUUGAAUUUUCUGGUUACAAAACACACAAGCGCCCUCACUCUCCAGGUUCUUGGGAAUGCUAAAGGAGCAGUUGCGGUGGUGAUAUCGAUCUUGAUCUUUCAAAACCCGGUUACGGUUAUGGGAAUUGGCGGGUACUCCAUAACGGUGCUUGGGGUGGUUGCUUACGGAGAGACAAAACGCAGAUUCAGAUGAACUUAUAUUUCAGUUCAGCAACAUAGCGCGCGCUUCACACACUCCCUAUGUUUGGUUCUUCGUCUGUUUUUUUUUUUUUUAUCAUCAAAGACUCAUUAAUUAGUGAUUUUUGUAACUAUUUCUUAUUAAUAUACGCACUAUAUAGAAUUAUGUAUCAGACUAUGUUAGAUUCUAUGAUGAGAAUGCCAUUGUUGUUCAUCUGUC